CCCGGACGACAAUUUGUAACGUACCUGACAUUACACAUGUCUUCUGUAGGCUGUCCUCUAAAUCUAAUAAUUUAAAAUUACUCUAACCAAUUCUGAGCAAUCAAAGAGUAAGUUGAACUGAAUGUAGGAACUCUGAAGAGGUGGACAUGACUGCUCGAGGAACACCGAGUCGUUUUUUACAAAGCGUUCUUCACAAUGGAGUGGGUCGCUAUGUUUGUCAGCUAAAGCGAAUAUCUCUGAUCUUCUCAAAGAAAGGACAGGGCUCUUUAGGAGUCAGGGAUUUCAUUGAGGAAGGUGUGGUGGAUUUUGCCAAAAAUAACCCAGGAACUGUGAUUUACGUCUCUCCUCAGUCCUGCAGAAUUCCUAAAAUAGUAGCCGAAUAUUUGAACGGUAAUGUGAAGGAGGAGACGGUCACCAACAAAACAUCGCAGCAAAUUGCCGAACUUAUAACCAAGAUGUCUAACCAGUCAGGACUGGACAUCAUCCGCAUUCGAAAACCUUUCCACACAGACAGUCCCAGUAUCCAGGGCCAGUGGCACCCCUUUACAAAUCGACCCCCCAGCAUCGAGCCAGUGGGCCGACAGACAAAAUAAGGACUUUGCUUUGUAUUUAUUUCCUAAUUGCUGUGCUGACCUGUUGGAUGAGCUGUGAAUUUCCUCUGCCACAGCACAAAAAUCAACACAAAUUCAACAGUACUAUGAUAAUUUAGAUGUUUUAAGCAGUGAACUGUUACUUGACUGUUAAAGAUAAUAUUUUCUGUUUGAUGAAUUACAACAGAUUAUUUGUGGCUUGAUAAAGUUUAUACAGCAAUUAAAUUCCUUAUAAGAUGCCCAUCCACUGAGAAAUAUAACUGUUGCCACUGGGAAAUAAAUUUUUGAACCUAAAA